AUGACUGCCAUUGCUACUAUCAUUGAGCUGCAGAAUUGUAUUAGUCGUUUAGAAUCACAAAAACUGGAAAACAAAGUGCUGAUUAGUCGAAAGAAUAACAGCGCUGGGGUCAAAUUAGCCCUGAAUACUGAGUUGGAAGAAUUCUGUACUAUUUUAGUUCAAUUUGUCAUCGACCAGAUAUAUCACUUAGUCUUUCGAAAGCCAUCUCUUACAGUUACUAAUAAAUGCUUUUCUGUUUAUUUUAAUACUUGGGAACAGCGUUAUCGAUAUGAGAAGUGGCCUGUUUUACCCAAUGUGAGAAAUUUUAUAAAUGCAUUAUUUUCUAGCACUUAUUACAUUGAGAAAAAUUUAUCGACUACUGUGGUGGCUAUUUUACCUAGUAAAAUAUUUGUGGAAGUUUUGUAA